AUGAGCAACCGUGUUGUAUCAGUGACGUUUCGACAUAUUAUCGAUGAUGUAAUUGCAAAUGUCCGGCAAGAUUUUGAGGAUAUGGGUAUCGAGAAGGAAGUACUGGAAGAACUGCAGCGUUCUUGGGAGGCAAAGCUGGUGGCAACACAGGUAACAGAGUUUGAUGGCGCGGCCAACCACCAAGCGCCACGAUCAAGUCCCUAUCCCGCCACGCCUGGCACACAACUCAUAAGAACAGCUGCUCAGUCGGGCUCGUCUGAGAAUGCGGAUGGUGCAUUAGAGUCGGCUGACGCUGUGUAUUCGAAAGUCGACGCGGAGCGCCAUGAAUCCGCUGCGCCUGAGGUGAGUGCCGUGAGCCACAAACGCAAGCGCGAGUCCGAUGAUGAAGGAAAGCGUGACGAUACCGGCGACAAGAACGAUGCGUCCAAGGAUGAGAUUGGUAGCGAUCUUGACGAUUCGGACGACGAAGAUGCUGAUGGGUCUGAAGACAUGAUUCUUUGCCUCUAUGACAAGGUCCAGCGUGUGAAGAACAAGUGGAAAUGCGUUCUACGAGACGGUGUUGCUUCCAUCGGCGGUCGUGACUACUUGUUUUCCAAGUGCAAUGGGUAUGUAUCCUAUGUUUGCAUCCUUAAGCGGGUGUGUUGGUGGGAGUAA